ACGAGGGCGACGUCAGCGGUGUGCAGGAAUGUGCGCAAACUUUGACUUCUUUCUCUCCUUCUUCGCCGCCCUCGACCUGUUUAAAGUUGGCUCAAUCUCAGCGGCACCUCGGAGAAGGUGGUGGCGGCAGUGCAGCAGGAAGUCAACAUGGCCACAUCCUCCAUGUUCUCCAUGGAGGCUUUUCCUGUUGGCGUCUCCAUGAUGGACGGCCAUCAGAACCUGGGUGAGUUGGACAGAAACUCUGCCGCCCCUCAACUGGUGAUGCUGGCCAACGUGGCGGUGGAGGGUUACGGCGAGGGCAGCGUGGCGGACGAGAAGGAGAUGAUGGAGCUGAUGACGGUGGGCUGCAGCUACUCAGACAGCGAGGAUGACAACGUCAUCAGGUACACUUACGACAACCAAAACCCCGGUGAGGUCUGCAGUGUGGACUACUCCGAGACUGUGGGCCUUUGUGCUGUGCCAGGAAUAAAUGAUGGCCAAGAGGACAAGGACUUGUCCCAAGACUCUGAAAGACCCAAAGCCCAGGCGGACCCCAAAGCCAAAGACGGGCCCCCUGGGCGGGUCCUGUCAGAGGCUGUGAAGAAGAAGAAGCCUCUUCACUGUAAACCCUGUCAGUUCCAAGCUGAGAACGAGGAGGAGUUUGUGGAACACCUGAGAACACAUGCCAGCAAGAAGAUGAUGGUGAUAAACCGGGUGAAGGGGCGGAGCAAAGGUCAACAGGCGGAAGCAGGCCAAGGUCAGUUGGCGUCCGGCGAGGAGGACGAGGAGGAGGAGGAGCCCAGCGCUGAGAGCAAAGGCUUGAUUUGCUGCGAACGCUGCGGCUACAACACCAACCGCCUGGACCACUACGUGGCACACCUGAAACACCACACCAAGGAGGGCGACGACCACAGGGUGUUCAAGUGCACCUUGUGUGCAUACAGCACCAUCAGUCAGUACCACUGGAGGAAACACCUGAGGAACCAUUUCCCCAGCAAGCUGCACACCUGCACUCAGUGUUCCUACUACUCAGACCGCAAGAGCAACUACAUCCAGCACAUCCGCACACACACAGGUGUGCGCCCUUUCCAGUGCCCGUUCUGCCAGUACUCCAGCUCCCAGAAGACCCACCUGACCAGACACAUGAGGACUCACUCAGGUGAGCGACCCUUCAAGUGUGAGAGCUGCGACUACCUGGCGGCCAAUCAGCACGAGGUGACCCGGCACGCCCGGCAGGUCCACAACGGCCCCAAGCCCCUGGUGUGUCCUUACUGCGACUACAAAACUGCUGACCGAAGCAACUUCAAGAAGCACGUGGAGCUCCACCUCAACCCUCGCCAGUUCCUCUGCCCGCUCUGCAAGUACGCCGCCUCCAAGAAGUGCAACCUGCAGUACCACAUCAAGUCUCGCCAUGCGGGCUGCCAGGUCACGCUGGACGUCUCCAAGGUCAAACUGCGCCUGAAGAAACAGCAGUCCUCCACCAAGGUGGACCAGGAGGAGGACGAGGAGGAGCCUGACCAGGAGCACAAAUCCUCAGACCCUGUCAAGAAACAGCAGUCCUCCAACAAGGUGGACCACGAGGAGGAGCCUGACCAGGAGCACAAAUCCUCAGACCCCGUCAAGAAACAGCAGUCCUCCACCAAGGUGGACCAGGAGGAGGACGAGGAGGAGCCUGACCGGGAGCACAAACCCUCAGACUUUGUCAAUCUGUCCUCGGACCAAGGGCAAGAACCCAAGGAAGCUCCCAGGCAAGGUAAGGUGGCCAAGACCGACAAGUGGGACGGCAGAGCAAAGAAGACCAAGGAGAACCAGCAGGAUGUGAGCGCCACCAAGACCAAGAGAAGAGCCAAGAAGGCAGCAGCUGACGGACCACCUGACCCGCCUCAAGAUGGCCACCGUGUGCAGACCAAAGGGGGAGGAGCCGAGAAGCCUAGAGGAGCCAGAGCAGAGGAACCCGCUCAGACUCUGGUCCACCAGGAGCGUCUUCAGAAGAGAGAGAAGGGCAGGAAGAGAGGGGCGGGGUCCUCCAGCGGGCCCGCCCCCAAAGCCCGGCGGCUCAGACCCGGCAGCAAGUCCGCUUCCAGGGAGCAGGUGAGCGAGGAGUCCGCCAAGAGGACCAGGAGCUCCACCAGGAAGUGCCCCCCGCCAAAGGUACAGGAGAGCUCCGUCAAGACCACAUGUGAGGCGAGCACCACGCCACACCACACUCAAGACCUCCCCCUUUCCUCGCCGCCACCGGACAAAAUGGCCGAAGCCGAAGACGACGAAGGUGUCCACAGCAGCCACGAAGGAGCCAGCGACAUCAGCGACUGCGCCUCGGAAGGCAGCGUGGACUCUGGCCUCAACAGCAACGCCGCCAACAACGACCCCGACACCCCCACCCAGGAGGUCCCCUCCCCCACCCAGCUCAAGAGUCACAUGUGCAUCUUCUGUGACCGCCACUUCCCCCUGGAGGCCGAGUACCGCCGCCACCUCAACCGCCACCUGGUCAACGUCUACUACAUGGACCACCAGUAGCACGAUGACGUCAUCACGUCGACUACGUAGGAUGAUGUCAUCACGUGGACUACAUGGACACCUAGUAGGAUGAUGUCAUCACGUGGACCACCAGUAGGAUGAUGACAUCAUGUAGACUGCGUGGACCACCAGUAGGAUGAUGUCAUCAUGUAGACUGCGUGGACCACCAGUAGGAUGAGGUCAUCAUGUAGACUGCGUGGACCACCAGUAGGAUGAUGUCAUCAUGUAGACUGCGUGGACCACCAGUAGGAUGAUGAUGACAUGUAGACUGCGUGGACCACCAGUAGGAUGAUGUCAUCAUGUAGACUGCGUGGACCACCAGUAGGAUGAUGUCAUCAUGUAGACUGCGUGGACCACCAGUAGGAUGAUGACAUCAUGUAGACUGCGUGGACCACCAGUAGGAUGAUGACAUCAUGUAGACUGCGUGGACCACCAGUAGGAUGAUGUCAUCAUGUAGACUGCGUGGACCACCAGUAGGAUGAUGUCAUCAUGUAGACCACCAGUAGGAUGAUGUCAUCAUGUAGACUGCGUGGACCACCAGUAGGAUGAUGACAUCAUGUAGACUGCGUGGACCACCAGUAGGAUGAUGACAUCAUGUAGACUGUGUGGACCACCAGUAGGAUGAUGACAUCAUGUAGACUACGUGGACCACCAGUAGGAUGAUGACAUCAUGUAGACUGCGUGGACCACCAGUAGGAUGAUGACAUCAUGUAGACUGCGUGGACCACCAGUAGGAUGAUGCCAUCAUGUAGACUGCGUGGACCACCAGUAGGAUGAUGUCAUCAUGUAGACUGCGUGGACCACCAGUAGGAUGAUGUCAUCAUGUAGACUGCGUGGACCACCAGUAGGAUGAUGACAUCAUGUAGACCACCAGUAGGAUGAUGUCAUCAUGUAGACCACCAGUAGGAUGAUGACAUCAUGUAGACUGCGUGGACCACCAGUAGGAUGAUGACAUCAUGUAGACUGCGUGGACCACCAGUAGGAUGAUGUCAUCAUGUAGACUGCGUGGACCACCAGUAGGAUGAUGACAUCAUGUAGACCACCAGUAGGAUGAUGUCAUCAUGUAGACCACCAGUAGGAUGAUGACAUCAUGUAGACUGCGUGGACCACCAGUAGGAUGAUGUCAUCAUGUAGACUACGUGGACCACCAGUAGGAUGAUGUCAUCAUGUAGACUACGUGGACCACCAGUAGGAUGAUGACAUCAUGUAGACUACGUGGACCACCAGUAGGAUGAUGACAUCAUGUAGACUGCGUGGACCACCAGUAGGAUGAUGACAUCAUGUAGACUGCGUGGACCACCAGUAGGAUGAUGACAUCAUGUAGACUGCGUGGACCACCAGUAGGAUGAUGUCAUCAUGUAGACUGCGUGGACCACCAGUAGGAUGAUGUCAUCAUGUAGACUGCGUGGACCACCAGUAGGAUGAUGACAUCAUGUAGACCACCAGUAGGAUGAUGUCAUCAUGUAGACCACCAGUAGGAUGAUGACAUCAUGUAGACUGCGUGGACCACCAGUAGGAUGAUGACAUCAUGUAGACUGCGUGGACCACCAGUAGGAUGAUGUCAUCAUGUAGACUGCGUGGACCACCAGUAGGAUGAUGACAUCAUGUAGACCACCAGUAGGAUGAUGUCAUCAUGUAGACCACCAGUAGGAUGAUGACAUCAUGUAGACUGCGUGGACCACCAGUAGGAUGAUGUCAUCAUGUAGACCACCAGUAGGAUGAUGACAUCAUGUAGACUGCGUGGACCACCAGUAGGAUGAUGACAUCAUGUAGACUGCGUGGACCACCAGUAGGAUGAUGUCAUCAUGUAGACUGCGUGGACCACCAGUAGGAUGAUGACAUCAUGUAGACUGCGUGGACCACCAGUAGGAUGAUGUCAUCAUGUAGACUGCGUGGACCACCAGUAGGAUGAUGUCAUCAUGUAGACCACCAGUAGGAUGAUGUCAUCAUGUAGACCACCAGUAGGAUGAUGACAUCAUGUAGACUGUGUGGACCACCAGUAGGAUGAUGACAUCAUGUAGACUGUGUGGACCACCAGUAGGAUGAUGUCAUCAUGUAGACUGCGUGGACCACCAGUAGGAUGAUGUCAUCACGUGGACUGCGUGGACCACCAGUAGGAUGAUGACAUCAUGUAGACUGUGUGGACCACCAGUAGGAUGAUGACAUCAUGUAGACUACGUGGACCACCAGUAGGAUGAUGACAUCAUGUAGACUGCGUGGACCACCAGUAGGAUGAUGACAUCAUGUAGACUGCGUGGACCACCAGUAGGAUGAUGACAUCAUGUAGACUGCGUGGACCACCAGUAGGAUGAUGUCAUCAUGUAGACUGCGUGGACCACCAGUAGGAUGAUGACAUCAUGUAGACCACCAGUAGGAUGAUGUCAUCAUGUAGACUGCGUGGACCACCAGUAGGAUGAUGACAUCAUGUAGACUGCGUGGACCACCAGUAGGAUGAUGUCAUCAUGUAGACUGCGUGGACCACCAGUAGGAUGAUGUCAUCAUGUAGACCACCAGUAGGAUGAUGUCAUCAUGUAGACCACCAGUAGGAUGAUGACAUCAUGUAGACUGUGUGGACCACCAGUAGGAUGAUGACAUCAUGUAGACUGCGUGGACCACCAGUAGGAUGAUGACAUCAUGUAGACUGCGUGGACCACCAGUAGGAUGAUGACAUCAUGUAGACUGCGUGGACCACCAGUAGGAUGAUGUCAUCAUGUAGACUGCGUGGACCACCAGUAGGAUGUCAUCAUGUAGACCACCAGUAGGAUGAUGUCAUCAUGUAGACCACCAGUAGGAUGAUGACAUCAUGUAGACUGUGUGGACCACCAGUAGGAUGAUGACAUCAUGUAGACUGCGUGGACCACCAGUAGGAUGAUGACAUCAUGUAGACUACGUGGACCACCAGUAGGAUGAUGUCAUCAUGUAGACUACGUGGACGCCCAGUAGGAUGAUGACAUCAUGUAGACUGUGUGGACCACCAGUAGGAUGAUGUCAUCAUGUAGACUGCGUGGACCACCAGUAGGAUGAUGUCAUCAUGUAGACUACGUGGACGCCCAGUAGGAUGAUGUCAUCACAUUUAGGAUAUGGACACCAAGUAGGAUGAUGUCAUCACAUGGACUACAUGGACACCAGUAGGAUGAUGUCAUCACAUGGACUACAUGGACACCAGUAGGAUGAUGUCAUCACGUCUACUACGUGGACGCCCAGUAUGAUGUCAUCAUGUUUUCGAUUUGGACACCAAGUGUGAUGAUGUCAUCACAUGGACCGAUUCUUAAGGUCAAAGGUCAACAGCAUGAAUUUUCUCUGACAAUCAGACCUUUUUUUUCCUUCUACUUUCUGAGCGCUUGUCAGACUUUGUGCAAUAAAUCAUUUUUCAUAUCAACAA